CUAGAUUGGUUCUCAAUUAGAGGCAGCUGUUUAUCGUUGUCUCUGAUUGGGAACCAUAUUUAGGCAGCCAUCUUCUUUGGGUAUUUCGUGGGUUAUCAUCUAUGUCUAUGUGAUGGUGCAUGUUAGCACUCAGUUUGUUUAGAGGUCGUCUUGUUAGUUUGUUUAGUGUACUACGUGUUUUUUUUGUCCGUUCAUUAAAGUAUGCAUUCACACCACGCAGCAUUUUGGUCUCCUCAAUACAACGAUCGUGACAGACACUUUGUGAAUAUGGACCCUGGACUGUUUUUAAUGUAUCAGGUGGAGUUAUUCACCAGCUAUAGAUGUUACUGGGUCAGGUUGGCAGGAGUGUGACAUACACCACUCAGAGUAUCUGUACCUUGAAGGGGUCAACAGUAGAGCUGACCUGCUCUUAUACAUAUCCCAGUGGCUAUACAAUCACAACAACCUUCUGGUUCACUAAAAAUGAUGCUGAGGGGAAUCCUGUGACUCUGAGUGAUGACCCAGACUACACAGGUCAUGUGAUGUACUGUAGCAACAAGAAGAAUGGCCACACCCUGACAAUCAGAGAUCUGAGAGAGUGUGACUCAGCUAUGUACAAGUUCAGCUUUAUAACAGAUCAGACCGUAAGGAAAUAUAGUGGUGAUCCUGGAGUCAUUCAGUCUGUCACAGAGUGUCCAUCCUGACCCUAACUGGGACACACACACCACUGAAAAUGAGGACCAGACACUCUGCCAGUAGUGACACGUUCACAUCUCCUCAGAGAGACGCUCAGCACACCGUAUAUCAGACCAUCCAGGGGAGAAAACCACCACAGAACCUGGAGGGAAGAGAACCACCACAGAACCUGGAGGGAAGAGAACCACCACAGAACCUGGAGGGAAGAGAACCACCACUGAACCUAGACUGAAGAGAACCACCACAGAACCUGGACUGAGAGAACCAUCACAGAACAUGGACUGAAGAGAACCACCAUAGAACAUGGACUAAAGAGCUAUGGCACCAAACCAAAGCCAGACCUUACACCUCUAUUCUCUUACUAAUAUAUUGUUAUCAUAUCUUGAAGUUUCACCCAAGCUACAAAAUGACACAUUGGUUUCCCUUCCCUUUUAGCAGUCUAUGAACAUGGUGUGACACCAGUCCCUGCUUUGUUUUAGUUUCCCCUGACACUGUUUCCACUAGCUAACGUUUUAGCAUUCGUGGCACAAAUCCCAUUCGUCAUGUGACUAAUAAGAGGCAUUUCUCGCACAUCAUUUAAAAAUCAAUCAAAAGUUUAAAAAAAAUGCGUUGUGAAGCUCAAAGUCACUUCCAGAUGAUUUGAACAUGAUGUGAGAAUGUUAAUAUGUGAAAUCUUAACAUCAGUCCCGUGACUUGAAUGGGAUUUUUGUAAAUGUGGGAGUGUUCGACAUUGCAGCCAACUUUAUAGGCAAGUCGAGAUCUACAAAUCACCUUGCAUGAUGAAUAACUACUCAAUAUUAUUAAUAGACCAGUCAGUCACAAUUUACCCAUGAUACAUCAGUUUUGAUGUUCUCGAACACUAUCUGAGUGACUGCGGAAGGAAGCCCUCUCUGCAUAAGCUUCUUGGUCCCUGACAUAGAGUUGGAUAGAAGGUACAUCUUGACAUCUUUGUCAUGAUGUCUUCUGUGACAGAAUGAGCAGCACCAUUGAGGGCUAUUUCCAUAUUAAAGUAGUUAAUAUCUUCAACUUCCAUAAGUUUAAUAACAGUCUUCAUACCAACUGAAAUGGUGUAUUCAAUGGCUUAGUCAUGCUAAAACAGGCUUUGAAGCAAGUACGCCCUCUACUCAACUCUAUUGUCCCUGACUGCUUCAAAGUUGUGUCAGCCACAGACUUCAAACCUCCAACCACACACUCAUUGUCUAUUUAUAUAGACUUCCAGUAAGCUAACUUACAACACAUCUCCCCUUCACUCUACUGCAGGGUGGGAGAUGUAACAAUGGCCUUGAGAACAGCAGGAAGUGUGUUGGUGGUCUUUCUCUGGUCUGUGACAGUGGUACUGGGUCAGAAUGGCUGGAGUGUUACAUACACCACUCAGAGUAUCUGUACCUUGAAGGGGUCAUCAGUGGAUCUGUUCUGCUCUUACACAUAUCCCAGAGGUACAGUCACAACAACACUCUGGUUCACUAAAAUGGAGGCUGGUAAAGAACCUAAAGAUCUAGGUCAGAACCCAGAGUAUGCAGGUCGUCUGGAGUAUCAUGGGGUUAAGAAGAAAGACUGCACCCUGACAAUCACAGACCUGAGAGAGAGAGACUCAGCUACGUACAAGUUCAGAUUAUUAACAGAUCAAGAAGGAGGGAAAUAUUCUGGAAGUCCUGGAGUCACUCUGUCUGUAACAGCUCUGCAGGUGAAGAUAACUUCUAAAACUUUGCAAAAUUGGGUGACACUGACCUGUAGCACCACCUGUACUCUGACUGACAACCCCACCUACAUCUGGUACAAGAACGGACACAAAGUAAAGGAGGACACCUCCAGCCUGUACUCAGACUACUUUAGUGAUGCAGACAGUUACUCCUGUGCUGUAAAAGGCCACGAGGAUCUCCACUCUCCUGCAGUGUGUGUUCAGGGUCAGAGCUGCAACAGAGUGACUUACACCAAGAGGAGAAUCUGUGUCUUGAAGGGGUCAACAGUGGACAUAUCCUGUACUGUUGGUUAUUAUUCCACCACAUCAUCAUUCUGGUUUAGAAGUGAUAAGUCGACCCCUGAAGACCUAACCACAGACCCAGGGUAUGCAGGUCGUGUGGAGUACACUGGAACAUACAGAGGUCCCUUCACCCUGAGAAUCACAGAUCUGAGAGAGGAGGACUCAGCUGAGUAUCGCUUCACUUUUAAAACAAACAACUUUGACUGGGGUCAUAGUUUCCCAGGAACAACUCUGUCUAUCACAGGUCUGCAGGUGAAGAGUGUCCGUCCUGACUGUAACAGUGACACGUACACAGGUCUGAACAUGAGGACCAUGUCCCCUGACUAUGACACUCUGGCAAGUGUCAAUCCUGACCCUAACAGUGACCCCAACAGUGACAUGUACACACCUCUGAACAUGAAGACCAGGUCACCAGAGUAUGACACCCUGGCAACACAUGAUGGCGACAUUGAAUCAUUUAACCAUGAGUGGCUCGGCCAGCGUCUCCUCAACUCAGUCCUGGGGACCCCAAGGUGA